AGUCGCGCGCUCUAUGUCAGCUAAAGUGGAUGUGUGAUACUAAUAUUUGCUGGUUUAGGGUGAAUCAGAGACAGCGUGUCUGACUCAUAAAUGGGCAUGAAAUUGUUUUAUGCAUUGCUGAUGGUCUCGGCCUUGGUCCGGCUAAUGCAAGCGGAAUCUGCAGGCUAUGAAGACAGCGAUGAAGUGGAGGAAGAGGACUGCAUGCUGGACAGGCCGUUGUGCAAACUGAAGCCAAAUAUCGACUGUGAGCAGCAGUUGCGAGAUAAAAACUAUGCAAAUUUAGUUUACUGCAAUGCAAUGCAUUGUGAGCCAGAGAGCUUUGAGCACGAUUACCUGGUGCGCAAUCACGAUCAGACACCUCACAUUAAUCACUGGAAGCGUGCUCGAAUUGGUGAUUCAGCCACUUUACACGAUAUCUGUCUGCUACGCAACGGCUUGCCUGUGACCAGACGCUGCCGCCUCAACAAUUUGACAGCCGAAUGGGAGCCUAUAGAUCGCUGGCAGCCAGUAGUCUGCAUGCGAGAGUUUAAGGAGCGCUCCAUCAGCAUAGCGUUGAACUCGUUGCACGAUGAGAUCUUGGAGGGCAAGCGACACACCAACAACACGCAAGAGCGUCGUCGUGCCACAGCCACAAUGCGUGACAUGUUUAGGCAACGCGACAACACUCUGCUCCCAGCGGAUGUGCAUGUCACUGGGCAACUCAUAGAGCAGCUCUUAGAAGAGCAAAAGGACGUGACUGUAGGCAAGGACUUAGUCAGCAUUUGCCGUGAUAUUAUGUCUUCUGAUGCGCAGACGCUGCGUCUAUCAGCGCAACUAAAUGCAACAGAUUCGCUGCUCCAGCAGUUCGAGCAUUAUAUGGACGCCUUGCCACAGCAACUAGUGCCGCAAGCUAACUGUGGCAAGGUUGCAGUUCAGGCUGCUACUGAUUUUGAGGUGGAAUCGGUUAAUUUGGCAAACAUUGGCGUACAAGCCUACCUAAGCAGCAACCUGAGCGUGUUUUUUGUGAAUCCUCAGUGCCAACGUAUUACAGGCAUUGCAGUUUACUCAGCGGCAGCUGCUGAUCGCCAAGCAAGCAAGAGCGGCUUCUGGUAUCGCUUGCUCUAUGCGCAUGAAAAUCUGGACAAACUGCGUGUGGAAGCACAGCUUGAGACGGCUGCAUAUUUACCUGAUUCACUGUGGCGACAACUGCGAACAGCUAGAGGCGCCUCACACUUGGUGUUCAAAGUCUAUGCACAUGACGCGCUUUUUGUGGAAAAAGUAACGGAGCGCCGUCGUCGGCCCAGAAGUAAAGUGCUCUCCAUAACCAUACCUGGGCUUAAGGACGUUUACUUGCCGGAGCCCAUACCUUUGUUGCUACGCAAUGAAAAUCAUCGACGGCCUGAUGCACGUGCGCUGAGCUCAGGCAGCGGCUGUGGCUAUUGGAAUUAUGAAACUAAUAGCUGGCAAAGCGAUGGCGUCAAUACUAAGAGCCAGACUGAUAUACUCAAAGAUCCAAUUAUUGUCUGCCACACUCAGCAUGUGACGCAGUUUUCAUUUUUGGUGGGCGGCAGCUAUCGCACGAACGACUUGGGUCAGGAGCAGCUUAUUACGCCCUUUGAUGAACGCGUGCUGGACAUUAUUUCCAUUGUGGGCUGCUCCUUGUCG